CCCGGCCCCAGCGGCCCGCGGGGAGCGGACGCGCGUGGCGGCUGCUCGGUGGGACCGUCGGAGGAGCGGGCGCCAGGAUGCCCCGGGGGUGCGGGUGACCGGCUGGCCAGCCCCAGCACCGCCCAGGCCCACAUGCCGCCGCUCCGCGAGGACUGCUCCCCGAGGGCCGCUCGGGGCCCCGAGCACGUUGUGUCCUGACAAGGAGCCCCCAGCAGCCCGUUCCCACCCGGCCCCCUUGGGGGCGGAGGCGCCGCAGGAGUGAGCUUCCCAGCCCGCGGAGCAAGCAAGCGGCCGACGGUGGAGGGACCCCGGGGAACGGGCUUUGCGGCCGGCUGGAAACAUUUUCCCCAAGCGGUUCCGCAAAAUGACCAGCCUGUUCCGUCGGAGCAGCAGCGGCAGCGGCGGGGGCGGCACGGCCGGGGCGCGUGGGACCGGGGCCGGGGGCGGCGCGGCCGCAGCCCCGCAGGAGCUCAACAACAGCCGGCCGGCCCGCCAGGUGCGCCGCCUCGAGUUCAACCAGGCCAUGGACGACUUCAAGACCAUGUUCCCCAACAUGGAUUACGACAUCAUCGAGUGCGUGCUGCGCGCCAACAGCGGCGCCGUGGACGCCACCAUCGACCAGCUGCUGCAGAUGAACCUGGAGGGGGGUGGCGGCAGCGUCUACGAGGACAGCUCCGACUCUGAGGACAGCAUCCCCCCGGAGAUCUUGGAAAGGACUCUGGAACCUGAUAGCUCCGAUGAAGAGCCCCCGCCUGUGUACUCCCCACCAGCCUACCACAUGCACAUGUUUGACCGGCCUUACCCUCUGGCUCCCCCCACGCCACCUCCCCGGAUCGACGCGCUGGGCUCCGGACCUCCUCAGAGCCAGAGGCGCUAUCGGAACUGGAACCCACCACUGCUGGGCAACCUCCCCGAUGACUUUCUCCGCAUCCUGCCCCAGCAGCUGGACAGCAUACAGGGUAACCCGGGGGGCCCCAAGCCUGUGAGCAGAGAGGGAGGCCCCCCUGCCACGGCUGGGCCUGGGCCCCCAGACCAGGAGAGCCGCUGGAAGCAGUACCUGGAGGACGAGAGGAUCGCGCUCUUCCUGCAGAACGAGGAGUUCAUGAAGGAGUUGCAGCGCAACCGCGACUUCCUCCUGGCCCUGGAGAGAGAUCGAUUGAAAUACGAAUCCCAGAAAUCCAAGUCCAGCACUGUGGCUGUUGGAAACGACUUCAGCUUCCCCUCUCCUGUCCCAGGAACUGGUGACGCCAACCCCGCUGUGUCUGAAGAUGCCUUAUUCAGGGACAAGCUGAAACACAUGGGGAAGUCCACCCGGAGGAAGCUGUUUGAACUCGCCCGAGCCUUCUCUGAGAAGACCAAAAUGAGGAAGUCAAAGAGGAAACACUUGUUGAAGCAUCAGUCGCUAGGGGCUGCCGCGUCCACAGCCAAUCUCCUGGACGACGUGGAGGGCCACGCUUGUGAUGAAGACUUCCGUGGAAGGCGGCAGGAGACCCCCAAGGUGGAGGAAGCCCUGCGAGAAGGACAGUAAGAGGUGCCAGCAGCUCCUCCUCUCCGGAGGUGAUGUGACCCGUGGGGACAGCCAGAGUGCAACACUGGCCCCCAGCUGAAGGGCCCAGCUGCAGCCAGAGAGAUGGUGCUUGAGAACCGAGGCCUAGUGGUCUUACGGCCACAGUCCAGCCCAGCCACUGCCAUUUUCCUUGGGACUUAGAACUUUGGAGUCGCCAUCCUGCCAUCAGAGGAAGGACCUGGGGCUAGAGGCACCAGCCAAUCAGAGCCCCUUUUGUAGCCCGGCUUUUCUAUGGGCAAGGAGUGGAAAUGCGGGAACCCCCCUUCUGAAAAGAAAAAAAUUCCAGGAAACAUGCAAAAGUUGGAGUAAGGCAAGAUGACCCUACCAGAGGCUCUGGUCUGAAGGUGGAGCCCCUGCCUCCUGCCCUUCCCCAUCUCUCCUGCCGCAGCCUCUACCAGCCCCCACCCCACCCCCAGCCCCCUCUGGGCACCUUGUGCCCUUUCUCCUCGCAGCCUCCUGCACCUCGGCCUUUCCCCGGGCUGCCGACCCUCCGCACGACCCCUACCCACAGUGCGGGUGGGAGACCCCCGGACACCCUCUGCUGGGGCAGCCUCCCUUUCACCCAGCAGGGAUGGGGAGGUGGGGCCCCGGAGCUGGAGGACUCAGGCCAGGCAGGGUCUUUAGUUUGGCAGAGGACAAAAGCCGGGUCCGGAGUCAUGCCACAGCGGGGGCCCCCAGGGCCUCUGGCUCCUCAGCUGGACUGGAAGUCGGGCCGUCCUCUUAGGGCGGCCGCGGCGGGUUCCGGAGCGACCCCUUGAGAAGGCGCAGGCGGAAGAGCAAGGUGGAGGGGCCGUGCGCCUGGGUGGGAGCGCCCGGGGCAGAAGGGCUUGCCGGGUGCCGCUUGGGAAGAGCGAGGUGCUGCGAGGAGGAAAACUCCGACCCCGCGAUCGCUAACCCGGCACCAACCACUGCCAAGGGCAGGGAGGCCGCCGCGUCUCUCGGGCCCCGUCCUCGCCACGGGACCGCGCGGGCCUUCCCGGGCGCGGGGCUGCGGCGUGGGAGUGGGAUCCGAUCCUGGGGGCCUCGGUGGCCCCGGGUUCGUGAGGGCGCAGCGGAGGCGAGGCCGAGAUAGCCCCUCGCCCCGCCCAGACUCUGGAGCCGCCGAGCUCCCGAGAGCGGCGGGCGCGGGAGGCCGGACGCGCCGCCACCGCCGCCGAGCGUGACCAAGUUUGGAAGCGCGCGGGGCCGGGGACGCUGGCGCGGGGGCGCCUGCCGAAGAGGGGCGCUCGCCCUGCGCUGCUCCCCGCGGCCAGGCCUGCGGUCCCUGGAGGGAGGGAGAGGUCCCCAAGGAGCGCCCCGGGGCCGCCAGCCCGAGCUCCGGAGGGGUCUGAGCCCGAGGGGCAGGGGAGGGGGCUGUAGCCCUGACGCCUCCCGCGCCAGAAACGGGCGCAAGGCGGGGGAAGCCCCAGCCCCACGUCUGUGUGUGUUGCUUUGUUAUUUUUUUCCUCCUAUGUGUGGGUUUUUUCUUGGAGUUGUUUCAUAGGAAUUCCUGUAAUAAAGACUUGGUGUUCUCGGUG